AUGACUGUAUUUAAAAUAACUUUAAGGCCAAUUUUAAUCUUUAGCCAGUUCUUAGGAUUAAUUAGCAUUUCUUAUACAUUGGAACCAACUACUGGGUUAUCAUUACGAAAUUUUUUGGAAUUUCUUCCUGUAGAAUCUGAUUUUCUUGAUGAAUGGUCACAUUCUGAAAUAGCAAUAUCGUUGGAAAAAAUACGGAUAUUGCACUCUGAACUAUCAGAAUUAUUAAAAACAUUCAGUUUGGGUUACGGUCCAUUACUUUUAAGUUUCUUUACAUUUAAUUUUAUAAAUUUGUUAGUUCAAUUUUUUUUUUCGAUUUGUAUAAACGUGACUAAAUCGUUAACACCUAACGUACUACCUAUUAUAAUGAUCUUGAGAUAUGCAAUACCACACGUAUUAAACUUUCAAAUUCUCAUCUUUACUAUGUCCAUUAUUAUUGUGGUUUCAUUGAUACACGAUAAGGUUAAAAUGUUUAUGCUUCAAUUAUCAUUUUUUGAAUUGGAUGAAAUUAGCUCCUACGGAAUUUUCAAUAUAAAUUUGAAUAUUGUUAUGUCAAUCAUAGUGUUAUUAAUAACUGGAUUAAUUACAUUGAUACAAAUGAAAAAUCAUGCGAUUAUUAUUAGUAUGAUCAAUGGUACUUUAACCUUCGCAGAUGGCAUGUAUACUAUAUAA